CAUAAGCAGGGUGGCAGUCACGGGCGAAGCAGGCAGGCUGGCCUCCAUACUCCCACCUCAGGAAUGACAAACCCAAUCGUCCUCUUGAUCUUUGUGUCAGGUGUCCAGGCCACAGUCCCUGGCGCCCAAGUCCCCUGAAGUUGGGGCACCGCCCACGUUACCCCAGUGACGCAGCCAAGGGGGCUCGGGAGUUGUAGUUUCGGGCGGGGCCGGGGCUGCGGGACCGGGGCUGCACGGACUCCACGUCCCGGCGGGCGGUGCGGCGCUGCCAGGGGCCGCCAGGGGCGGGGCCGCUCGGCCCUUUAAACCUUUCAGGGCUGCUCCAAGGGCCGCAGCUGGAGACGCGGCCACGAGGGGGCUGAGCAGGCAGGGCGCGGCGGCGGCGGCGGCGGCGGCGGCGGCGGCGCGCGGCAGGGAGAUGUCACAGCGCUGACUGAACUUCUCAGCGCCCCCAUGGUAUUUGGGAGGAUCACGGAGGCCCCAGAUGGAUAGCCAGAGGGUGUCCACGUUCUGGCAGGGCUCAGCCCCAAGUUUGGACGCUCAAAGGCCCAAGGAGAGCUGUGAAUGAGGUGUUGACCACCUUCCCCCUCCCUCCCCCGCCCUGGCCAGUCAACAGACCCUGGACCUUGAUCUCUCUCCUUCACCAGGCCAGGGCAGCUGAUGGUUGUGGCCGAAAUAUUUCAAGGUAGCUGGGCCCACCCCCUCUUCCCUACCUACCUGUUGUCCUUUCCCCCACACUACCACCACCCUGGCUCCACUCCCUCAUGACCGCCUGGAUCCUCCUUCCUGUCAGCCUGUCAGCCUUCUCCAUCACUGGCAUAUGGACUGUGUAUGCCAUGGCCGUGAUGAACCGCCACGUGUGCCCAGUGGAGAACUGGUCCUACAAUGAGUCCUGUUCUCCUGACCCUGCUGAACAAGGGGGCCCCAAGACCUGCUGCACCCUUGAUGAUGUCCCUCUCAUCAGCAAGUGUGGCACAUAUCCCCCAGAGAGCUGCCUCUUCAGCCUCAUUGGCAACAUGGGUGCUUUCAUGGUGGCCUUGAUCUGCCUCCUCCGGUAUGGGCAGCUCCUGGAGCAGAGUCGACACUCCUGGGUUAACACCACUGCACUCAUCACAGGCUGCACCAACGCUGCAGGCCUUGUAGUAGUCGGCAACUUUCAGGUGGACUAUGCCAAGUCUCUUCACUACAUCGGAGCUGGUGUGGCCUUCCCUGCUGGGCUGCUAUUUGUCUGCCUGCACUGUGUCCUCUCCUUCCAUGGGGCUACCAACCCCCUGGACCUGGCUAUGGCCUAUCUGCGAAGCGUGCUGGCUAUCAUCGCCUUCAUCACCCUGGUCCUUAGUGGAGUCUUCUUCCUUCAUGAGAACUCUCAGCUACAGCAUGGGGCUGCCCUGUGUGAGUGGGUGUUUGUCAUCGAUAUCCUCAUCUUCUAUGGCACCUUCAGCUAUGAAUUUGGGGCAAUUUCUUCAGAUACACUGGUGGCUGCAUUGCAGCCUGCCCCUGGCCGGGCCUGCAAGUCCUCUGGGAGCAGCAGCACCUCCACCCACCUCAACUGUGCUCCAGAGAGUAUCGCCAUGAUCUGAGGUCUGGAGGGUGGCUGGCCCGGCCUCCGCAGCACCCCUCCCCUUUCCUUCUUUGCAUUUAUUUUGUACCAAAACCCCCCCCAAAAAACCAAAUACUAGAGAGUAUUCUGUUGGGAUCUAGGCUUCCUCGAUCUUGAAGAAGUGACCAUCCCACAUCCACCCGUGCCAUAGGGAGCAGGGCCCUGACAGUUGCCUCAGCUGUAAGCCCUAUUCCCCCAUACCAGAGUAUUAUUUUAUGUUUAAAAGGUCAUCUGUCGUCACUUGCCCAGCCAGCCCUUCAGGUGCCUUCUACUCCCAGUACCAGAGCCAGACCACUGGGAUCUCCUGCUGCAGGAAUUGGGGGGCUGGGAACAGCAAGGGAAGGGGAUAUGAGUCUGGAUGGUGGGAGGAGCAUGCCUUAGCCUAAGGGGGGCCCACCCAGCUGCACUGGGAUUCUUCUCUGUCCCUUCCCUGAGAGCAAAUAACACAGCAGAACCACAUGGGUAUUUUAGUACUUUUUUUUAUAUCUAUUAAAAGAAUUCUAAUUUGCAUGU